GUGGGCUCAGAAGCUCUCAAAUAUUAAUAGAAAAAAGAAGACAAUUAUUGAAUAAAUGAACAAAAGUUCCAAAACAGAAAACAAAGUUAGAAUCUUACCUUUGAAGCUUGAAAGCUGAGAGAAAUGGGAUCGAUGAUUUCAGGCGUAUAUGGAACUGACCCACAAUCUGUAAUUGAUGAUCAUUCAGGCAUCACAGUUAUCCAGUCAUCUAACCAUUGGCAACUUCACUUCAACAACAUCAGAGAUUCUUCUAUGCUGAUGGUGGUUGAUUUCGCUGCUUCCUGGUGUGGACCUUGUAAAUCUAUUGAGCCAGAACUUAUAGCUAUGGCUCAGAAGUAUACUGAUGUGAGCUUUGCCAAGAUUGAUGUUGAUGAACUGCCUAGUGUGUCUCAGGAAUUUGGAGUGCAUGCUAUGCCUACGUUUGUGCUGUUGAAGGGCGGCAAGGAAGUGGAUAGAGUUGUAGGAGCUAAGAAAGACGAGCUUAUCGAGAAGAUUGUGAAGCAUAGGGCUUCUUGAAAAAGUAAAUAAUCAACUUAAACUCGUGUAUAUUUUGAUACAAGGUCCAAAGGUUUGGUACUAUUUAUGUUAAUAACCCCUCGUGUGUAUGUAAUGAUAAAUCCUUUUACUUACUGUGUUGUUAUUGAGGAAUUGAUAAUAAACUAUGUAUGUGAUUAAUGUA